AUGGAGCGCUGGGAGAGCUGUCGAACAGGUGAACAAAGACGAGAGAAUCAUGUAUCUGAUUCUCUUUUCGCCGAGACUGAAGAAGAGCAAUGGAAAAGACUAAAGGCAGAGGCGAUGAUAGACUCAGGUGAAGAAGAAGAUGAUGAUAUUAUGAAUAGUGGCAAUUUGGAAUUACCCAUAGAAUCUAAGAAGCGUCGAGCAAAAAAAGUAACCAAAGCAACCGUUCCGCAGAAAAAUACUCGUGUUCAACAACAAAAGUUAACACAGGCUAUAAGUGCACCAGAUAUGGAAGAUUUAUUAAAAAAAUAUCGGGGUCUUUCUAAUGAUGAUGAAGAGGAAGAAGAAGCGGAAGUUGAUAUAACAAAGUUUUUACAAGAUGACGCAUUAGAAGAUGAAGAAGAUCCAGGGGAUGUUAAUGACGAGAACAUAACCGCUAAUGAGUUUUUAUCUUCUUUAAUGACAGGAAAAAAUAUUUCUACACCUAAAAAUACUGAACAAAAUGAAGAAGCUCCGCUUGUAAGUCUUGAUGAUGAAGUUUUUGAUUACGAGAAGAAAUCUUUUGUUCAAAAAACUACACAGAAAAAGAGUAAAAAUGAAAACCGUAAUGAGACAAAUUAUGUUGUUAAAGAGAAUUUUGUAAAGGAGUUAAAUGUUGUUACUGAACUUCCAGUAGAACCUGUAAAAGUUUCUAGUACUUCUUCUACUGACGUGAUAAAUGGAUGCCCAGAUAAUGCUUUGUUUUAUUGGUUUGAUGCUAAAGAACAACCUCAUACCAUGUCUAUUCCAGGUACUUUAUUUCUUUUUGGAAAACUCUGUGAUGAUGGAGGAAAAAAUAAUCGAUUUCGUUCUUGCUGUAUCAGGGUUCAAAAUUUGUACCGUUGUACAUUUUUACUUCCUAAAGAAGGUGCUUCUGAUGCUGAUGUUGUUCAAGAAAUUAAUUCCGUCUGUCGAAAAUAUGGAAUAGAAGAGCGACGUGUAAAAUUUGUAGAACGGUAUUAUGCCUUUGAAGAACCUGAUAUUCCUCAUGAAAAAACAAGAUGGGCCAAACUUCGUUUUCCAGGAAAAUAUCCACCUUUUCCGACAAAUAUAGAAUUUCAAAAUAUUCAACUUGUAAUGGGAGCUUCAAGUUCAUUACUUGAACUUUUUCUAAUUAAAAAAAAGCUUAAGGGUCCAUCAUACCUUCAGAUUGAAAAUCUUCUCCCAGUGAAUGGUCAUGUUUCACAUUGUGAAGUGGAAUUUGUUGUAAAUUCACCUAAAAAUGUGAAAGUUUAUGAUUCACCAAGACCACCACCACUUUUUACACUAGCGAGCAUUCAACUACAUACUCAAUUAAACAAUAAGGGUGUUACAAAUGAGGUAGUUGCAGCUUCUAUUGCUCUUUACCGUGAUGUUAACAUUGAUGAAAGUACUAAAACGACUAUAUCCGAAUGUUUUACAGGAGUUCGACAAUUAUCUCCAGAAAUGGUAUUACCUUUAAAUUUAGAGUCUUACUGUCAAUCAAAAGGAGUCCCUGGUGUUAAACGGUUUUCAAAUGAGAGAGAACUAUUAAUAUGGUUGGCAGAAACUUUGGGUAAUUUAGAUCCUGAUAUGGUAGUAGGUCAUAAUUUUAUAGGAUAUACCAUGGAUAUUCUUUUAAACCGUUUUCAAGAAUUAAAUAUUCCACGAUGGUCUACAAUUGGACGUCUUGAUAUUAAACGUUUUCCACGUUCUCAAGGUAAUAAUACAAAUUUAGCAAAUGAAAAAGAAGCUUGUGUAGGACGUCUUGUAGUUGAUACAUACCUUCUUUCUAGAGAAUAUUAUAAAAGUUCAAAUUACAAAUUAUUAUCUAUUGCUACUCAAAUGGGAUUAUCUGGUAUUACAGAUGGUAAUGGAUCAUUUGAACCUGGUUCUACCGUAUUAGAUGGACGCCAUAUGAAAUCAUCUGAUGAAUUAUUUAAAGUACUUUUACAACUUUUUAACUGUGCUGUUCUCUCUGUUAAAGUAGCUGCAGCUCUUGAUGUAAUUCCACUUACCAAACGUUUAACAUCAUUAGCAGGAAAUUUAUGGAGUCGUACUCUUUAUGGCGCUCGUUCAGAAAGAAUAGAGUAUCUACUUCUUCAUACAUUUCAUAAUUUGAAAUUUGUAACCCCAGACAAAAAACGUUUUGAUUCUAAAAGGAGUAGAGAUGAUCCUGAGGAUGAUAAUAAAAGAAAAACUAAAUAUCAAGGUGGUAUGGUUCUUGAACCUAAAACUGGUCUUUAUUCGGAUUAUAUUCUUCUUCUGGAUUUUAACUCACUUUAUCCUUCUCUUAUUCAAGAAUUUAAUAUUUGUUACACUACUGUUGAACGUGAUAAAAAUACUGUAACAGCAGAAGUUCCUCCUCCAGAAAAUCUUAUUUGUCGAUCUUGUGCACUCGAAGGUUUACCUUCACCAUGUUUGCACAGAUGUAUUUUACCAAAAGUUAUUCGAGGACUUGUUGACAGUAGAAGAGAAAUAAAACGAAUAAUGAAGACAGAAAAAGACUCUAAAAAUCUUGCAAUGCUGGAAAUUAGACAAAAGGCUCUUAAAUUAACGGCUAAUAGUAUGUACGGUUGUUUAGGAUUUGAAUAUUCACGUUUUUAUGCACAACCUCUUGCAGAACUUGUUACACGUCAAGGACGUCUCGCUUUACAAAAUACAGUUGAAUUAAUUCCACAAAUAUCACCUUCUUUAAGAGUUAUUUAUGGAGAUACUGAUUCAGUUAUGAUUCAAACUGGGAUAAAAGAUGAUAUCAAAAAAGUACGUGAACUUGGAUUUGAUAUAAAGAAUAAAGUUAAUCAACGAUAUCAAAGUUUGGAGUUAGAUAUUGAUGGCGUUUUUAGGGCUAUGCUUCUUCUUAAAAAGAAAAAAUAUGCAGCAUUAACUGUUUCAGAUUGGCAAGGUUCUGGUAAAGAUUAUAAGAUGGAAGUUAAAGGAUUGGAUAUGGUACGUAGGGAUUGGUGUCCUCUUUCACAAAAAAUAUCAGAUGCAGUACUUAAGAGAGUUUUAAAUGCUGAAGGUGGUGAAGAUAUAUUGGAUUAUAUUAUGACCUAUAUAAAAGGUGUUGCCGAUCAUGUUCGUCUUGGAGAUCGUUACUUACUUGAAGAUUUUGUUAUUUCAAAAAGUUUAACAAAAGAACCAGAAUCUUAUCGUGGAACAUCUUUUCCCCAUGCAACUGUUGCUCUUCGAAUGAAACAAAGAAAAGAAAAUGUUCGUGUUGGAGACCUUAUUCCUUAUGUUAUCUGUGAAGGAGAAGGUGUUAAUGUUAAUGAAAAAGCUUAUCAUGUGGAUGAAGUACGACGAACUGGUGGACUUCGUAUUGAUGCUGAAUGGUAUUUAACCUCACAACUGUAUCCACCUGUAAUGCGAUUGUGUGAACAUAUUCAAGGGUUUACACCAGAACAGUUAAGUGAAGCUAUGGGUAUUGCAUGUCAUACACGAACUGAACGUAAUAAUGUGGAAACUUUUACAGUUGAUGAUUUCUCACAUUGUUCUCUUUUUAAAAGCCGUGAAUUAUCAGAGUGUUUUCCUACCGCAUUGCCAUUACAAGUUGUCUGUACACGUUGUCGUCAGGUAGUUCCAAUAGAUCCACAUAAAUAUAUUAAUGACUUGGUGAAUGAUCCUCAAAAACCACUUCCUACAGGUCUUUUUGAGAUCUAUGUUUGUAUAAACUGUGGUUACUCACUUCCUGUAACGUAUUUGGCUAAUUGUUUAACACAAAUGUGCCAUAAAAUAAUUCAACAAUUUUACCGCACAGGAGGUACAGCCGCAGCGGUGCGUUCCGUGCGAGCUCAAUUUACUUAUUUUCGGGCUUUAUUUGAUAUUCCUCAUGCCCCUGGAUGUUCUCCUCUCGUUAAGGAUGCACAUUAUAAUCUUGCUUUACGCUGCCUGGGAACGGACAGAAAGCUCUAUACAUUAGCAGAUGCCAAGAGAUUUCCUGAUGUUGAUCCUGUAGAUCCUUUGCUUCUCUGUGCAGAGAGUUUUUACAAGCGAGUAGAUCAUUUAUUUAUUAAUAUGGACAUGAUUUUUCCUUCCAAGUUAAGCUAA